CAAAGUAACAUGUAUUACGGAGUAUUAUUUACUAGUAUCUUUUUACUACUUAAACUUCAAAAAUACUUCAAAUUUCCACUUACUAAUUUCAAAUUUGGAGAAACGUGGUGUUACUUUACAAAAUAUUUGUAAAUCGUGUUUGCAGGAAGAAGAAACUACGGAUCAUGCUCUCAGACAAUGUCUGAAGGCAGCCAGGGUAUGGAAUACAGUUGGAGUGAACACCGCGGAUGACGACAUCUCUUUGCUUAGUUGGAUACAAAAUCUUUUGUCAAGGCCGGAUAAGGAGUUGCGGUGUAAAGUUGCCAUGUUACUUUGGGGAAUUUGGAAACGGCAGAAUUCUUUGGUGUGGAAUGAUGAGUGGCAGCAACCAGCGGGCUUAAUAAACUGCUGCGCAAGCGUGCUGCGAGCGUGGAGAGAAGCGCAGCAGUCCCCGGCCGGCAGCUACGAACGGCAGUGCAAGCUUGGGAGACGUAGGCUGGACGAGGCCGAGGAUGGGUAGGAUCAAGGUUAAUACUGAUGCGGAUCUGGAUAUGGUUAGAGGGGGUUCGAGCUUGGAGUUGGAUAGCAAGAAAUGAUGCGGGUGAGUUUGUGAAGGCUGUGGGAGGCUCUUGUGAGGCUGGGUGGGACCCGGAGGAGGCCGAGGCUUUCGCAUUGCGGGAAGCAGUUCACGCGGCUAAGAGAGAAAACUGGGAGCUCGUUGAUUUCGAAACCAAUGCUCAGACAGUUGUUCGAAGCCGAGGAAAGGGGGAGGGAUGGCUUACAUAGAUCUCCUUGUUGAUGAUAUUCGUUUUUUAUUACAAGAAAAGAGUUCUUAUCAUCUUAUGGUAUCUCUUAUUGUAGAGGAUCUGCGAAUCAUGUGGCCCACGCUUUGGCGAGAGCACGUGUCGGUAUCUCAAAUCAUAGAGUUAGUUAUGAUUUUGCUCCGGAUUGUAUUGCUAGCCCGAUGGCUAAUGAUUUACUAUCAAUAUAAGUGGUUGGUUUUAUUUCAAAA